GUCCAUCCCCACCUUCGCUCACGACUUGUGUCUAUUACCUCGAGGAGCUGAAGGUCCUGAUGAGUACUAGGAGCGGCCCGCCCGCCGGCUCCCCUGUUGCCACGGAGCAACUCCAGCACCAAAGAGAGGUGGAGGGCACGACGACAUCACAG